AUGAACAAAAUGUCACUAAAGCUCAUCUGCUUCUUCCUCUGCGCUCUGAUUGCACCAAAUCUCACGGGAAUUUCAGGUGAAGAUGCGUUGUUGCCAGCACCUCAGAAUAUCUCUAUUCUUUCUACCAACAUGAAACACUUCUUAACUUGGAGUCCAGUGAUCGUCCAGGGAGAAACUGUGAGAUACUCUGUUGAGUUUCAGGGUGAGUAUGAGCGAGAGUACGCCAAUGAGAGCUGGAUUCCCAUCUGUGAAUGUUCACUCAUCGCAGCCACAGUCUGUAACAUCACGGAGGAUAUCUCAGCCACUGUGGCCUAUAACCUGCGUGUAAGGGCAGAUGUUGGUGCUAGAAGAUCAGAGUGGGGCACCCUGAAGGGUUUCUUCAAUCGCAUCACAACUUCCCUCACCCCACCUCUGAUGAAGGUCAUAGCAGAUGGGUAUCAUUUACUAGUGGAGCUGGAAGACAUGGGGCCUGCCUUUCAGUUCUGUGUUCUCUAUUGGAAGAAGGGCCAGGAGAGUAGGGUGCAACAGAAGGUGGUGAAAGAGGUCAGUUCUGUGGUUCACCUGGACACCAUGGAGGCAGGACCUGAUUAUUGUGUAAAAGCUCAGACCUACGUCGAGGCGAUCAACAGAAGCAGCAGCUUCAGCCAGACACAGUGCGUGAGGGCACAAGGUGGCAGAUCCAUGUGGCUGGUCACUGCUCUCAUCUCCUCUGCUGGCUUUGCUGUGGCGGCUUUGACCCUGCCUUUCCUCACCUGGAAAACAAAGAAAAUCUUUCAGUAUUCCUGCUGCCCCGUUGCUGUCCUGCCAGAAACACUGAAAGUAUCAGAGCCCCCCACCCAGCUGACACUGUGUGGCAGCGAAGAAGCUGAGCAAUGUGAUCUGAUGGUGCGUGUGAUGCCCUCAGAAGAAGUUCUCCGACUGUGGAUUCAAGAAACCCUUUAGAGGACCCCAGGAAAAAAAAAAAACAGAACAGCCUGUGGAAACAGAUGCCCUAAGCAGAGCCAGCAGAUCAUGCCCCAGCCACUUUCCCCAGAGUGCCAAUCAGUAACGUUGUUUUCUUUGUGUCUAAAAGCUGCUGCAAACCAAAGGUGGUGUGUGUGAUGAGCACGUGGCCUGCUCUGGGCCUCUUUGUAGUAUCUUCAACCAUUUGCAUACAAAGCAAGUGAAGGUCACAGGUGACACCUGCCAGUUUCUAUACUUGCCCUUCAUAUCCAUCCCCAUGACCAGACACGGGUCAACUCAUGUUCCCUUUACCUCUGUCAGCCACAUCCGUGGUCCCAAGGCAGAGCCCACCCUUCAGCCACCAGGAUUUCACCAGAGCAAUAAAUGUAGAGCCCAGUCCCUCUGUUCCAAACCAUUUCAGCCUCGGUAUUUUUGCCUCAGUAUUUUAAAAAGAAAUUAAGCAGCUGCUAAGAGCUUCUUAUGUGGCUAAACCAGCUGGAAUGAGCAGGAAAAAAAUUGCUUUUAGGGCUGCAGGCCCUGACCUGUGGUUACACUCGUUGAAAAGGAGGUUGACAGUGACUGGACGCAACAUAAUAAUUUACUGCAUGUGACACAUACCAAUGCGUGGUGCCCACAAAACUUACAGAGAGCACCAUGAGGGAUGGCUGGGUUUCACCAGUGCUUAGCGAGGCGUGAUGUGAGAUACAGCCAGGCUUCAAAGAUGGUUGGAGGAGCACUGGGGAUCUUCUGGGGAGCAGAGCUUUGCAAGACCGGUAACAUCGCUGAUACUAUAUAGAUCCAAGAUCACUUAGGCAAGGAUGUCAAAAACAUGAAAGCUGGAUAUGUAUGAAGAAAAACUAGGACCUUUAGGAAAAAAUUAAUUUGGGUGAAUUGUUUAAAUGAGAGGGGAUUGAAGUGGAGAAAGGUAAGGAAAGGACAGAGAAAGGUAGGCUCAAGAAGUGGGACAAGAAAUGGGAAAAGGGACAACAAGAGGUACAGCUCACGUGGUCAGGAUUGUCCAGGGUGCCUGCCGGGCAACUCAAGCAGGACAUUGACUCUGUCACACACAGCAAAUCUGCUUCUGUGGCCAGGAGGGCCAGGGUGAGGGGCAGCUGGAGUGGCUAGUGGGGGAAUUAUUGUGGCUAGUGGGGGGAAUAUCAGGAUGGAUGGAUCAAGCAUCCCAGAAUUACCGUGUUGGCGGCCAUUCCAGGUCUGAUGGCAUCAUUAUCUUCCAGAUAUCAAGGAAGGAAAUUGCAAAAGACAAAUUCCUGCUAAAUACAAAUAAAAUACAGUUGUUCUGUGAAUAUUGCAAUUACGGCUGUCACUUGAAAGAAAGGUAAUUUGUUACCUGCGGAGCAGAGCCUUGUGUCAGCAGGACAUGUAAAGACUUUGAACCAGCAGCAGAUCUAAUGAAAUGUAAGACAUCUCUUUCUUAAAGACUGUGCCUUUUUUAAAUUUAACUCCUGCAAUCUUGCACCAGACCAUCGGGUGGCAACAAAGCACUGUGAAAAAAAGUCGAAGUGACUCAGGACUAUUCGUACCUGUGUGCUCCUGCCCCAGUCCCUGGCUGGCACCUCACCUUCGUGUUGCAGCCCAGCUGCUUGGUUUAUUCCUGUCUCGCCAGCUUCUGUCGGGACAAUAUUAGGAUAUAGUGCUUUGGUGUUAAACGGUAAGGUUGGUACUGCUGAAUCUGUAGCAAAUUAUACGGUGAGCAAGUCUGUGCAAGCCUGGGCACUGAAGGCUCAGGGUUGAUUUUCAUGGCCGUUGAUAAUUAAUUAAGAAAUGCCUAGUUGCAAACACCUGUACGAUGGUGGGUCCAGACAAGGAGAAGAGCAAAGAGGAGAAGGGCACGGGCUGAUGUGACAAGCGCCGAGGGGCCCAGCAGGUCUCGUGCAUAGCUCCCCAUUACGGAGGCCUUGGUGGUCAAGCGGCUCUAGGGAGCUCUUUGCCUCGCAUUUAUCCUUAUUUUAUUCCCCAUUGAUCUGGAUGAGUUCAGUGUCUCGGUUCCUAGCGUGCCCCACACAGGACUCGUUCCUUCCAUGGCUAUAGGUCCAAAAAGUUCCUCCUUUCUCUUCCCCCGACAUUGUCGCAUUCAGCAGUACCAGCAAUUGUUUAGGGAUACAGAGGAAAGCAGGGGAACAAAGGGCUUGUUAAUUUGAAUGUGAAGCGCUUUAAAAAGUAUUAUUUUCCAGCUGCAUGUUAAACAUCUGUUUCUUUCCCACUUGCAGUAACAGAUUUUAUGCCCUUCCUCAUUGCCAAUAAAGUGGUUAAACAGUUGUACAAAACUGCCCAGGCAAUGUUAAACAACAGAAACACCUCAAAAAAAUUCUCACAGUAGGGCGAUAGAAGGGAAUUGUUUAAGUGCUGCUGCCAUCUUAGCAAGACCAUAUUCAGUUUGCCUCAGGAUAUUCCAGUUUGUAUCUGGAGACUGGAAGCCAAAUUUGAGAUACUGACUGAAUGUCCCUGGAAAGCUUCUCGCUCUGGAGCAUGUGCUGUGUUUUGUUAAGCCUGAAAAUUAUGGUAUAUACAGAACAAGAGCGAUUCCUUUGCCAUCCACGUACAUAGUAGCGGGGUG